AUGUCGAGUUUCUGGGGAUACAGCCUCCGCGGCAACGACUUUAUCGACGAUCAGGAUGAGGACGACGGUGCACCUGAUGACUUGUCUACAAAGAGUCAUCUUCCCAACGAAACUGAUAUGCUCAAUGACCUGGAUCUGUCAACUCGAGAGGAGGCUGCUGUAUACAAGCCCAAUCCGUGGACGAUAGCCAAGAUAAAUGCGGCCUCGAGACGUCCUGGUGGUACUGACACGAACGCUGCCAAAAAGCAACCAAGAUCUCGUGGCCUUGGGCCGACGACUAGGAAUCCUGCGAAGAGCCACAAGGCCGAUAUGCUGCAUAUACCUAGAAAGAGGCCAUCAGUUUCUGGUAAAGCUUCUUCAGCAGCAAGAAUCGCGUCGGGCUCUGGCCAGUCCCAGGACAUACCUCAGCACCCGCUCAGGCCAACGGCUGUCCGACCGCAUACUGUUUUAGAAGGCUACUACCAGAGAAAGCCUGUUGGAAGACCCGACAUCACUAAAAUAACCGUAACUGGCCCGCGAUUACUAGCUCAGGGUUUUCCCCUGCCGUCAGCAACAAUCAUGGACAACACUACGCCGCAGCCUGGCUUCGAAGAUGCGACCACUGCGGUCAUGCUUUCUACUAACAAUCCGCCGAUUUUGUCGACGAAUAGGCCCGACUCCUCGUCUCUGGUUCCUUCGACCUCUGCAAUACUGUCUGGACAGCUUUCUCCUCACGUUUCCCCUGCUCCGCCUCCAAGGAAUUUGCUUCCACGAACUUCAGGAUACAACUCGUCCCCUCUUGCUCCAUCGCGUGCUAAAGGGCUCAACCAUGCUUUUCUCUCUUCUCCCUUGCGCCCGCCUCGCAACCCAAAUGCUUUCGAUACCGGUUUCUCUUCAAAUGCUACUAAGAUAUUUCAAACAAAGCAACCUGCUAAUUUUGCUCCGCUGGGAAACGGGAUGAACUAUGCCCCACCUAACUUGCUUCCACUUCCACCUUCAAGUCCCCUUCUGCCAUCGUCGCCUAUUCCAAUGAAGAGCCCAACUUCAUUAUGUGCGGUCGAAAACUCUGCGCCCGUAAGGUCAAGAAAGCGCAAUAUCUCCCCACCACCUAGUCCGCCUGUCAAGAAGCGUCCCAAGAAGGAUCCGUACGAAUAUAUGCGUGCCAUUGAAGAGGCCGACGAUUCGUCCUGGAGCACCUUGCCCGCGCGAGGUAAAAAUAAAGACCCACCUCCAGUGCUCAAGACGUCAGGAGCCUUCCGUCUUCCCCCCAAAUUUCGACCUGCUCCAAUAGGUGUUGACGCGAAUGUGAAGAAAAGCGGCAUGAGCGCCGACUCGACGAGAAGAGUCGUGACGUUUCUGCCUCCUCCGCUGGUCGCGCCUCAGAAACCCACAACCGAACGUGCUGAGCGAUCGCAACUCGCAUAUCCCUCGCCUACCCGUGCCAGCCUCCUCACUGUCAAUAAUCGAUCGGUUGAUCGCAGUCCACAGCCCGUCAUUUCCACUAUGCAGUACCCACUGUCCCCGCCAGCAUCUGAUCCCCCCUUCGCCUUCCAAGUACCCGACCAGAGAAGUGAUGAUGACGUGCUUCUUCCAUUCGACGCCGAUGCUACCGAAAGGACGUACCCCACUGUCCGACGAUUGACUUCAGAGCGGAGACGCGAUUCCUUGUGGUUGUGGCGUGUUUUACAGAUGCAGAGUUGUGGAAUGGUUUUCCGUGAUGACGAGGACGAUGGGUCGUUGAAUCAGGAAUUGCCAAUCGCCAUCUGGAAAGGUUUGUAA